CUGGCUGGCCGGGGGCGGGAGCGGGACCGGAGCCGGGGGCGGGGCCGGGAUCCAGCUCCAGGCCUCCGCGGCCAUCGCUGCCUGCGCGGUUCCUCACUCUCGCCCGCUCCCCGCCCUCCCGGGCCGAGUGGAGCCGGGUGGCGUCGGCAGAGUCGCCCGGAGGGGCACCGCGGCUUCAGGGGCUGGGCCUCCAGCGCAGCGCAAUGUCAGGCGCCGCGACAGCCCUGUGAGUCCGAGGCCGCGGCCGUGGCCCUGGGCGGCGGCGGGUCCGGGCCGGGUCCGCUCAUGGUGCCGCCACGACACCAUCGCGGGGCAGGAAGGCCAGGUGCGCUGAGUUCUUCACCUCCAUUUAGACUCAGAUCUGCCCAGUUUUCAGGCACUGCUCUUGAAGACCUCAGAAAGGCCUUUAAAAUAAGACUGCAAAUGGUGUGUGUAUUUAUCAUGAACCGAAUGAAUUCCCAGAGCAGUGGUUUCACUCAGCGCAGGCGAAUGGCUCUUGGGAUUGUUAUUCUCCUACUUGUUGAUGUGAUAUGGGUCGCAUCCUCAGAACUUACUUCGUAUGUUUUUACUCAGUACAACAAACCAUUCUUCAGCACCUUUGCAAAAACAUCUAUGUUUGUUCUGUACCUUUUGGGCUUUAUAAUUUGGAAGCCAUGGAGACAACAGUGUACAAGAGGAUUUCGAGGAAAGCAUGCUGCUUUUUUUGCAGAUGCUGAAGGUUACUUUGCUGCUUGCACAACAGAUACAACUAUGAAUAGUUGUUUGAGUGAACCUCUAUAUGUUCCUGUGAAAUUUCAUGAUCUUCCGAGUGAAAAACCUGAGAACACAAACAUUGAUACUGAAAAAUCUCCCAAAAAGUCUCGUGUAAGGUUUAGUAAUAUCAUGGAGAUUCGACAGCUUCCAUCAAGCCACGCAUUGGAAGCUAAGUUGUCUCGCAUGUCAUAUCCUACCGUGAAAGAACAAGAAUCCUUACUCAAAACUGUGGGGAAACUUACUGCAACUCAAGUAGCAAAAAUUAGCUUUUUUUUUUGCUUUGUGUGGUUUUUGGCAAAUUUGUCAUAUCAAGAAGCACUUUCAGACACAAAAGUUGCUAUAGUUAAUAUUUUGUCCUCAACUUCUGGACUUUUUACCUUAAUCCUUGCUGCAAUGUUUCCAAGUAACAGUGGAGAUAGAUUUACUCUUUCUAAACUAUUAGCUGUAAUUUUAAGCAUCGGAGGUGUUGUGCUGGUAAACCUGUCAGAGUCUGAAAAAUCUGCUGGAAGAGACCCAAUAGGUUCCAUUUGGUCUCUUGUUGGAGCCAUGCUCUAUGCUGUCUACAUUGUUAUGAUCAAGAGAAAAGUAGACAGAGAAGAUAAGUUGGAUAUUCCAAUGUUCUUUGGUUUUGUAGGUCUCUUUAAUCUGCUGCUCUUAUGGCCAGGUUUCUUUUUACUUCAUUAUACUGGAUUUGAGGACUUUGAGUUUCCCAAUAAAGUAGUACUGAUGUGCAUUAUCAUUAAUGGCCUUAUUGGAACAGUGCUCUCAGAGUUCCUGUGGUUGUGGGGCUGCUUUCUUACCUCAUCACUGAUAGGCACACUUGCACUAAGCCUUACAAUACCUCUGUCCAUAAUAGCUGACAUGUGUAUGCAAAAGGUGCAGUUUUCUUGGUUAUUUUUUGCAGGCGCUAUCCCUGUAUUUUUUUCAUUUUUUAUUGUAACUCUCCUGUGCCAUUAUAAUAAUUGGGAUCCUGUGAUGGUGGGAAUCAGAAGAAUUUUUGCCUUUAUAUGCAGAAAACAUCGAAUUCAGAGGGUUCCAGAAGACAGCGAACAGUGUGAGAGUCUCAUUCCUAUGCACGGUGUUUCUCAGGAGGAUGGAGCUAGUUAGCUGUAGUCCAGCUUGAUAAUGGAACAAUAUACGGUGAAGAGACAAUCCCUGGCAAGUUUUUGUAGAAAAAUGUUUCAGUGCCUAGUCUGAAAAAUAACAGUUUCAGUUCUUUGGAACUCUAAAACAUAUUUUCCUCUUGUCUGUUUUCUUCAUUUUCAUAAUGAAGUACUUUGCUAUGUAGCUGUGUACAUAUCACUACAGUUAUAGGAAGUUUCAGUCUACAGUCCAUCUAAAGGACCAACAUGCCUUACACAUCUCAAGGAAUUCAGCUGAUGAAAUAAUUUGAACUAAUCAAGGGAUAAAAUUUUAAUGUUCUGGAGACUUUAUUUUCACAUAUUAUUUGUUAAAUGCUGGACUAUAUUAUGAAAAUGUUUUCAAGAAAUCAUUUUAAGUAUAUAGAUUGGUGUUUCUUACAGGUAAAAUGCUAAAAUAAGCUGCCUAUAAUAGGUACGGAUUAUAUUUUUGAGUUUUGUAGAAUAUUACAAAUUAACAACACAAAAAAUGUUUAAUUUAUGCAACAAAUAUGUUCACACAAAUUUGGUAGGACUUUAGAAAGAAUCGAUAUUUGAGAAAAGAUCUGGUUCACUUACACUACAUAUACUGUAUUAUCCUUUCAUAGCAUUAGGUGCCUUCUACUUUAAAUCUGUGACAAACCAUGACAAAUUUUUAAAGGAGAAGUAUUAUUGUAAAAUGAAGAAUUAUGUACUUCUAAAGACUGUAUUGCUGUAAAUUUAAUUGAUAAAGCUCUGCUUAUUUAGAGUUUUGAAGAAAUAUCCUCUCUUCAAUUAAACAUUUUCAUAAUGGAAUGAUGUAAAUUGAAGUGAUAAAGAGUAUUAUUAAAAUAAAAUGUUUAUAUAUAUAUAUGUGUGUGUAUUAUAGAUCUAUCAAUUGGUUUCUGAUUUUUUUCACAUAUAAAUGUGCCAAAUUAUUCUAGAACUAGAUGCCUCUUUAAAUAAUUUUAGUUUUCCUAAAUAAAUUUUUAUGGUUAAAAACCAAAGAAGGAAGGCAAGAAGAAAUUCUACUUUAAAAAUUACAUUUGAAGAUUUCCUCUACCAAGUUUAAAUUAAAUAUCAAUACUCCUGAUUUUAACUUUUAAAGUUAGGUCUUAUAUGUCCUUAUUGUGCAGCAGCUCCUGGACUCUACUCACUGUAGCCCUCAGAAGAUGAAUGUAUGUCUCAGGAUUCAUCCAGGCUUUUGAUUAAUCAGAACCUAUUUCCUUCUCAAGUUUUGUGAGAUUAGUUCCUUUCUCUUCAAAAUUUCUUAACACAUCUGAUUUUUAAAAAUUCCCUUUGCAAUAUUUAGCUUCAGUUCAUCUUAUUCACAUUCUUAAAAUUGCUUCGAUGUUACCAUAAGUCUAAAAUGAAGUUUAGCCAUCUUUCUGCUUGUCCUGAGAACUUUUAUAUUAUAUUAAUUUAAAAGAUUGUUGAUAACAUUAAAUUUUAAAAAUAGAUGUUAUCCUAUUUGGUGCCACCAAUAAAUCUUAAACUGAAAAUAAUCCUGAUUUUGUGAGCUUGGCACAGGUUAAAGGCAUGUAAAGAACGUGGACUUCAAAGAAAUUUUCUCUUGAAAAGAACUAAUGAAGUACAUUUCAAUUACUCAAAGACUAUGUUUGGUUGACGUUUACUAUCUGUAUACCCCUCUACUUUAUGUUUUUGCUGUUUUGACAGUUUGCCAGUACCUUUCGGCAGUUUACAGGAGGAAAUAGUUGAAACAGUGUCAGUGAAAUUCAAGCUUUAAAUUUUUCUGUAAAUAUGGUAGGAAAAGAGGUUGAACUUAGAAUUUUUUGGUUGUCCACGUGCUCUGUGUUCACAUGUCAUACAGAUCAUGUGUUGUCAUACAGAUCAUGUGUUGUCACUCAGGAGUCCAGAAGUAGUAAGCCUUGUUAACAUACUGGAUAAAUCUUGAGGAGGUCUUCUUCCACUAGACUAUGCUUUUUAUCAAAGAACCUCUUUAGAAGGAAGCAAAAUUACAUUGGUUACCUGAAAGUAGGGAUUACUGCUGCUUUGCCAACUUACGUAUUGUUUUUUCUCCCAGGUUAUAUUUAUCUAAAUGAUUUUGGUAUUUGAAUACUGUAGCCACGGCAAGUGAGCAGUUGAAGACGCCCUUUCUGCACCUUUGUAGUUAAGGGUUCACCUUCUCAGAAAAUUAAGUUAUGGUAGAUUACUUUCAUUCUGUGAUUACCCAGACGUCUUAAGUAUCAGGGCCCUAGGGUCACAGCAACCACAUUGCAGGCCUUUGGAAGUGUUGGGAGAGGUUACAUUCAAGUAACUGCUAAUGUCCUUCAUCUCUGUUGGAACAGUGUUGGCCUGUGAUUAUAUUUUUCUGAACCUAAAGACCCAAAUAGGGAUUCCUAAUACCUUGUUUCAGUCUUCUACUUUUCUUCCCAUACAUAAUUUAAAUUCCAUUAUUGUAUAAUGUUUCAAAUUAUGACCUUGAUGAAAGGGAGUUAAAUUACUUCUGUUUUGUCAGAAACACUUUUGGUUAGAUGAAUAUCAUCAGAAUCUCUACUCAAACAAAACUGAAAAAUGAGGCAGCCUUAAAAGUGCUUAGAUGAACGCUUUUUGAAGCUCAGAAAAGCCAUUAGAUAUACGUAAGACAUUCCGUUAAAUUUUGAUUU